ACAUUCUGAAUUUGAAUCAUUCGGUUCGACAAAGUGUUUUCAUGGCUUGUUUUCAUUCACUGUUUCUUGCCUUAGUUACUGCUGUUUGUUCAUUUCAAGCCAAAGGCCAACUCUCCCCUGGUUAUUACUCAUCCACCUGCCCACAAGCUUUACCUAUUGUUAAGGCUGGAGUCACCGCAGCUAUAAAGAACGAAACGCGCAUCGGAGCUUCGUUGUUGAGAUUACAUUUUCACGACUGUUUCGUUAAUGGAUGUGAUGGAUCUGUUCUUUUGGACGAUAACUCGACGUUUAUAGGUGAGAAAACAGCAGUUGCAAACAAUAACUCGGCGAGAGGGUUCAAUGUUGUCGACAACAUCAAAGCUCAACUGGAGAAAGCAUGUCCUAGAGUUGUAUCCUGCGCUGAUAUUCUAGCCAUUGCUGCUCGUGAUUCGGUUGUUCAGUUAGGGGGUCCGUCAUGGAAGGUACUAUUGGGAAGAAGGGAUUCGACCACCGCCAGCCGAAGUGCAGCAAACACCAGCAUUCCACAACCAACCUUUAAUCUAAGUGCUCUUAUUUCAAGCUUCUCAGCUCAGGGUCUCUCAAUAAAAGACCUUGUAAUACUUUCCGGUUCGCAUAACAUUGGCCUUGCCCGAUGCACAUCAUUCCGGUCACACAUUUACAAUGACUCAGACAUAGACCCCUCCUUUGCCAACUCGUUGAGAAAGAUUUGCCCUAGAAGCGGAAACGACAACGUGCUCGCCCCUCUCGAUCGUCAAACACCGACUCGUUUCGAUAGUCUGUAUUACGGAAAUUUGUUGGGCAAGAAGGGUCUGCUCCAUUCAGAUCAAGAACUCUUCAAUGGGAAUUCAUCAACUGAUUAUUUGGUUAAAAGUUAUGCUGCCAACACUAAAUUAUUUUUCAAGGAAUUUGCCAAGUCUAUGAUCAAGAUGGGAAACAUUAAACCUCUUACAGGAAAUUCUGGGGAAAUCAGAAUCAACUGCCGGAAAGCAAAUUGAAGAACAUGUUUUCAUUCCUGCAAGAAAGUAUAAAAAACAGGUUUGAGAUAACUGAUUGAGCUGUUUGUACAAUUUAAAAUUGUCGACGUUUUCCGCUUGUGUGAAUGUUUGUAUGUUGAAUAAAUUUGUAUGUUGAAUA